AUGGCCUCAAAUAAGGAGCCAGACAAGAGCUGGGAGAAGAAGCACCCAGAGAACAAAUUGGAGCAGCCGUAUAGCAGCCCCAAGGAAGAGGAGGAGGAGAAAGAGGACAACAUGGAGAAUGAAAACAAUGAGGAGAAUGAUGAGUAUGAUGAUAAUGAGUAUGAGGAGAAAAAUGAGGAUGAAGAUGACCAGGAUGAGGAAGAAGAGGAGAAGGAAUAUGAGGAGGAGGAUGGAGCCAUGGCAGCCCCCUCUGUGCCAUUCAAGCAGCUGAAUCAGUGCCCUGAGUGUGGCCAGAGCUUCCGAUCUGGCUCAGAGCCAGUGAAGCACCACUGUCCCCACCCUGGCACAUGCUCCUUCAUCUGUGGUGACUGUGGCAAGAGCUUCAGCUGGAGCUCAAGCCUCACCAGGAACCAUUUGAUCCACACUGGUGAGAAGCCCUUCACCUGCAGUGACUGUGGCCAGAGUGACAACAGCAGCUCCACCCUGACCAUACACCCCCACACCCAUACUGGAGAGAAACCCUUUGUGUGUGGUGACUGCAAUAAGAGAUUUGCUGCCAAGUGCUCUCUCAGGAAGCACCUUCGUGUGCACACCAGUGAGAAGCCCUUCACUUGUGAUGACUGUGGCAAGAGCUUUAAAAACAGCUCCACCCUCACCAUCCACCGCCGCAUUCACACUGGAGAGAAGCUGUUCCCCUGUGCAGAGUGCGGCAAGAGUUUCACCGACAGUUCCACAUUCAUCCGGCACCAACUCAUCCACACUGGUGAAAAGCCGUACAGCUGCACUGACUGCGGCCAGACCUUCAACCGUAGCACACACCUUGCCCGGCACCGCCGCACCCACACUGGAGAGAAGCCCUUUGUGUGUGGUGACUGCAAUAAGAGAUUUGCUGACAAGUCUUCCCUCAGGAUGCAUAUUCAUGGACACACCAGUGAGAAACCCUUCACUUGUGAUGACUGUGGCAAGACCUUCAAACACAGCUCGAGCUUCACCAAGCACAACCACGUCCACACCAAGGAGAAGCUGUUCCACUGUGCAGAGUGCAGCAAGAGUUUCACUCAGCGCUCCGUAUUCAUCCGGCAUCAACUCAUCCACAGCAGUGAAAAGCCAUACAGCUGUGCUGACUGCGACAAGAGCUACAAAAGCAGCUCAAGCCUCACCAUCCACCGGCGUAUCCACACUGGAGAGAAGCUGUUUCCCUGUGCUGACUGUGGCAAGAACUUUAACUUCAGCUCAACCCUCAUCCGUCACCGCCUCAUCCACACUGGUGAAAAGCCAUACAGCUGCACUGACUGCGGCAAGAGCUUCAACCGCAGCUCCAAUCUGACCAUUCACCGCCGUAUCCACACUGGUGAGAAGCCCUUCAGCUGUGCCGUCUGUGGUCAGAGUUUCAGCUUCAGCUCCACCUUGACCAACCACCGCCGCACUCAUACUGGGGAGAAACCCUUUGUGUGUGGUGACUUCAAUAAGAGAUUCACUGCCAACUCCACCCUAACCAUCCACCGUCGCAUCCACACCAGAGAGAAGCUGUUCCCCUGUGCAGAGUGUGGCAAGAGCUUCACCACAAGCUCCCAAUUCAUCCAGCACUGCCUCAUUCACAGCGGUGAAAAGCCGUACAGCUGUGCCAACUGCGGCAAGAGCUUUCACACAAGCUCCAAUCUGACUAGGCACCGCCGCAUCCACACUGGUGAGAAGCCCUUUAGCUGCAGUGACUGCGGCAAGAGAUUCACCCAGAAGUGCCACCUCUCUAGUCACUGUCACCAAAUUCUUGAAAAAUUGACCGAGGACGUGAUCGAGCUAUGCAUUGAUCCAACAGCAGUAGCCAAGGAGAGGGUCCUGCAUAAUGGAUUUAAAAGCAGUAAACUCUACUGUGGUGCAAGACUUCAGACCGGCAGUCUCCCUGGAGCUCCCAAGCCCCCAGAUGCCACAAACAGCAAAUUUGGAUCCAUCGGCUCAGCCCAGUAUGGCAAGCCUGUGCAUGUGUGUCCCGACUUUAAGGACCAAUACAUGGACAGUCACCGUGGCCAAGGGACAACAACUACCUGUGCUCACCUGUACAGUGGAGUGAAACUAUGCGACCUGCAGGAGACAUUUGCACAUGAACUGGACGAGAUG